UAAUUAGGCUAAUUUGUAUGAAAACUUCGAAAGAAACAUGAAGAAGGUGAUUUUAUUCUUACUUUUUGUCUUCUUAUGUGAAGCAUCAGAAUCGCCAAUUGCUGAUCAUUAUAUGGACAUUUUAACGCAAACGAUUACAAGAAAAAGAGAACAUGAAACGAUUAAUAUAUACGAUUUUACCGUCUCGAAAAUGCAUACGAUUGGAGGGAAACUUAUACAAUUAAAAAUAGAUUAUACAGAUUGUUUAAUGACCGGCUUUUAUCGAGUUAAAAGACAUGGAAAUUGUUCUCCUAUUUAUCGAAAAGAUACCUCACUUUCUUUUACUUGCUACCUUGAAUUUUCUGGCAUUAGUUUUCACUAUUCUGCAAUCGUUUGGAACGUUACUUCAACACCGGACGAUUUGCAGUAUCGUUAUAAAUUGCGUUAUGACUAUACACCAUUUUAUGCUAAAGCUUCUUUUAAUACACGCUAUUUAUUUGAUUUUCCUGGAAUUUAUGAUUUCGCUUUAGAUAAUAAUGCACCGGUUAAUUAUACUUUGCGCACUUUUGAAACAACUAGGGUGUUUAGAAAAGUUGUUGCAGAAAUUUUACCAGAUUAUUCAAUCACAGCAUUCUUAAGAUCAUUAAAUAGCCGCUUUGUACCUAAUUUUGGUGGCCUGGCAUAUAGAAUCCCUGUUUUAGAAUCAGCUUUAGGUGUUGUUCUCUAUCCACCAAACUAAUAAUAAAAAUAAUGUUAAAUAAUAUUUAUAAAAGUGCAAUAAAAUCACGGUAAAGUUUAUCUGGAAAUACAUUUUUGGCUUAUGUUUUCUCUUAGCUUUUU